AUGAAGUUUUUCUACUUGUACUGCCUGCUUCAACUGUUGUUCCUUUUCCAUUCUUGUUCAUUUCCCAUGUGCACUGACUUGAGAGCAGCUUACAGAAUAAAUGGGAGCUUGGGAUUCUGCAGCAAUUACAGUGGAGAAGUGUGUUGCAGUGGGUCACAAGAUGGGAAGCUGAAGAAGCGUUUUGAGGCUAUGAACAUAUCUGAUCCCUCUUGUGCUUCUGCUGUCAAGUCUAUCCUCUGUGCGACUUGCGACCCAUUCUCGGCAACUUUAUUGGACACCGGCCCCAACACUCGGCCACUCCCAAUACUCUGCAACUCCUCAACCACCACCAGCUUCUGCUCCUCCGUGUGGGAUGCCUGCCAAAACGUCCCCAUCUCAAACUCCCCAUUCGCCCCUUCUCUCCAAAGCAAGGCCCAAAUCACCCACAACUCCACCAUAUCCAAACUCAUCGACCUCUGGCAAUCCGAGUCCGACUUCUGCACCGCCUUUGGCACCCCAAACUCACCCUGCUUCAACGGAGACCCCUUCUCCCUCAACACCUCCGACACCACCCCACCACCCCACGGCAUCUGCCUCGAGAAAAUCGGCAACGGCUCCUACAUCAACAUGGCCCCGCAUCCCGACGGCUCGAGCCGGGCCUUCUUCUCGAAUCUGGCCGGCAAGGUCUGGCUGGCCACCAUUCCGGAGCAGGACUCAGGGGACGUGAUGGGGCUCGAUGAGUCCAGCCCAUUUGUGGACCUCACGGAUCAGGUUUACCUGGACACGAGCUUCGGGAUGAUGGGGCUCGCGUUCCAUCCUGAUUUUGCUGUAAACGGCCGUUUUUUCGCAUCCUUCAACUGUGAUAGGGAGAAAUCCCCUGCAUGCGGGGGAAGGUGCACGUGCAACUCAGAUGUGAACUGUGAUCCCUCAACAAUACAAGUUCCAGGUGCUGGUGAGGUCUGCAGGUACCAGUCGGUUAUAGCUGAGUACAGCGCCAAUGGGACUGAUUCAACCCCGUCUGAGGCAGAGACCGCAAGACCACAAGAAGUAAGAAGAAUUAUCACAUUGGGGUUGCCCUUCGCAUCAGAUCACGGUGGCCAAAUCCUUUUCGGCCCAGCUGAUGGAUACCUCUACUUUAUGAUGGGAGAUGGAGGGAGCAAAGGCGACCCCUAUAAUUUCGCCCAGAACAAAAAGUCCCUACUCGGAAAAAUUAUGCGGCUUGAUGUUAACAAUAUACCAAGUGAGGAGGAACUAGUCAAGCUUGGCCGAUGGGGAAAUUAUUCGGUGCCUCAUGAUAACCCUUUUUCGGAAGAUAAAGAGAUGCAGCCGGAAAUCUGGGCGUACGGUCUGAGAAACCCUUGGCGUUGCAGCUUUGAUUCGGAAAGGCCUUCUUACUUCAUGUGUGCUGAUGUUGGACAGGAUCAAUAUGAAGAAGUCGAUAUCAUAUCCAAGGGGGGAAACUAUGGGUGGCGCGUUUAUGAAGGCCCUCUGACUUUUAAUCCCCAAAGUAGUCCAGGUGGCAACACGUCUGCUAAUUCCAUCGACCCGAUUUUUCCAGUGUUGGGAUACAGCCACUCCAAAAUAAACAAACUAGGGUCUGCGGCAAUAUCUGGCGGAUACUUCUAUCGUUCACAGGCCGAUCCAUGCACGUAUGGAAGCUAUCUGUACGCGGACCUGUACGCAAGCCAUAUCUGGGCAGCUCAAGAAACCCCAGGAAACAGCGGAAACUUCACGGCCAAAGAUGUCUCCUUCAGCUGUGCCUCGGAUUCUCCUAUCCAAUGUGACACAGUUCCCAACAGCAGGCUUCCCGCAUUACAGUACAUAUUCUCCUUUGGAGAGGACAAUAGAAAAGACGUUUUCAUCCUCACACAGAGUGGCGUGUACAGAGUUGUUCGUCCGAGCAGAUGCAACUACGAAUGCUCCAAGGAAGUCAAGGCAUCCGUAAAUUCUCCCAGGGCUGCUCCUUCUCGUGGCCAAUGUGUACAUCCACAUCCACCGGUGGUGGGUUUUGUUUUUGUAUGCAUACUACUGCUUUUUCUGGGAGUCUUGUUGUAA